UUUUAUCAAUCAUGAUUUAUUGCAAAAAAAAAAAAAAAACAAACAAACAAACAAAUAAACAAACAAAAAACAACAACAACAACAACAACAACCACAACAACAACAACGACAACCACAACAACAACAACAACAACAAAAACAACAACAACAACAACAAUAACAACAACAACAACAACAACAAAGAAGAAGAAAAAAAAAACGGGCGCACGGAAACAUGAAACCAAAUUUAUAAGGUUGCU